AUGAAUGAGAAAAAGUUCAUCGUUGAAUACAAAAAUCAACUUUAUGACAUCACAAAAUUCUUAUCGAAACAUCCUGGCGGUGUCAAUACUUUAAUUGGAUACAAUCGCAGAAAUAUCGAAGAGAAGUUUCUAAAUGUUGAACAUUCACCAGCUGCCGAAUAUUUACUUAAAGAUUACCGAGUGAAAAGCGAUAAUCAAAACUUUAUUUCAGACGAAAGCUUAGAAGUGAGUCAGAGAUAUGAAGUUUAUCACAUAAACUGGAAUGCAGCAUUAUUACCCCAAAUUAAUCAACUAGGUGAUAAGUACAGUGAGUGGGUAAACAAACCAAUUGACAGAAAAUUAAGACUGUUUAAGAACCCUUUGCUUGAGACGUUAUCAAAGACACCUUGGUAUCUGCCGCUAAUAUUUUGGACUCCAAUUAUCGUCUUUCUGAUCACAAAUGAAUUUAUAAGAUCGCCAACAGCAACAAGUUUCAUGUUCUUCUUAAAUUUGUUCAGCGGUGUUGUCUUAUGGACGCUUGUCGAGUACAUUUUGCAUCGCUUUUUGUUUCAUAUGACAGUGCAAAAUUAUCCAAAUCUCGUUAAGAUUCAUUUCAUGCUUCAUGGUCUUCAUCAUAAAGUUCCAUUUGAUGAACAACGUUUGGUGUUCCCUCCAGUUCCGGCUGCAAUUCUCUCAAUUCUUUUAUAUCAACCGAUCGUUCUUCUAAAUCACUUUUGUGGUGGAAAUUUCUACAACUCGCGAUUGAUUCUUGCUGGAGGAUUGAUUGGAUAUUUGUGCUACGAUAUGAUUCACUUUUACAUUCAUCAUGGAAGUCCAACAAACAAAUAUUUUUAUCAUCUGAAGCGUUAUCACUACAAUCAUCAUUUUGUAAACCAUGACAAAGGCUUUGGAAUAAGUUCACCUCUUUGGGACGGCAUCUUCGGAACGAAACUAUUUUUAAAAAAACUUAAAUAUUUAUUAAAAUGGUAG